AGGGAGGGAGGAGUCUAGUUGUGGAGCUCUAUCCCCUGACUGGGUCUGCUAUGUGAGUGGUAGAGCGAGAGAGUGAGAAAGAGAGAGAGCGCACAUGAGAGAGAAAGAAGGAGGAGAGGUGGGGGCAAGUGAGGGCUGAAGAGACUGAGAAUGGAUGGGCAACGGGAAACGGUGUGAGAGAGAGAGAGAAAGAGAGAGAGUGAGCGAGCGAGCGUGUGUGUGCUCAGAGUCAGCAGCGAAGACACAGAAAGUCUCCAAGCUCACAUCAACAAGAGAGCGUGCGAGGCAGAGCUGACCACCGGCAACUCCGAAGAGUGACACAGAGAGGAGGGAGAACACAGGGAGAGACAGAGAGAGAAGAAGAGUCAACAGAAGAAGAGAAGGACUGAAGACAGACUACCAGCCUUCCACUGGUAAAAAGGAGACACCACUGAGGGACUGUAGCAUCCGUCCCCCACCCCUUCACCCCCAGCAGCACAGAGGAGCACUGUCUCAUCUCGUGCAUGUGUUUGUGCCUGCCAACUUCAAUUUCACACUCGCCUACUGUUUUCCGUAGGUUUUGCCCACUCCACUCCCCAGUCAUGAUCCCUUGGGUCCUUCUGCUCCUGUGGAUCUCCGGACAUGGGGCAGAGGCCAUGUUUUCCCAGCAGCCACAGGACCUGGUGGUGGUGGCGGGCCAGCCUGUGACAUUACCAUGCACUAUACCCGGUUACCAUGGUGUUGUCCUGUGGAUCAAAGACGGCUUGGCGCUGGGAGUUGGCAGAGACCUCUCUGGCUAUCCUCGUUACACAGUGAUUGGCGACCACGGUUCAGGAGAGCAUCAUCUGCGAAUCCAGCGCGUCGAGCUGAUGGAUGACGCUGUGUUUGAGUGCCAGGCUGUCCAGGCUGCAAUGAGGUCCCGUCCUGCCCGUCUCACUGUGCUGGUUCCCCCAGAGGACCCAGUCAUCAGUGGAGGGCCAGUGGUAAGCCUAAGGGCCGGUGACCCACUCAAUCUGACCUGCCAUGCGGACAAUGCCAAGCCAGCAGCGUCAAUCAUCUGGAUCCGCAAUGGAGAGGUCCUUAAUGGGGCCAUGUACUCCAAGGUAAGCAUAGAGACCUUGCUCCGGGAUGGCAGGAGAGAAAGCACUGUGAGCACGCUUUACUUAUCGCCUUCUAAUAUUGAGACAGGUCAGCAGAUCAUCUGUAAGGCCUCCAACAAGGCAGUCCCCAACGGCAAGGAGACCAGUGUUACUAUUGACAUCCAGCAUCUUCCACUUGUCAAUCUCUCAGUGGAGCCUCAGCCUGUUCUUGAGGGCAACCUUGUGAAAUUCCACUGCUCUGCGAAGGCCAACCCUCCUGUCACACUCUACAGGUGGGCCAAAGGAGGAAGUAUAAUCAAGGAGGUCUCUGGAGACACUUAUGAGGUUAUUGUGGACCACUCCUUCUUCACCGAACCUGUGUCCUGCGAGGUUACCAACCCUCUCGGCAGCACCAACAUUAGCCGCAAUGUCGAUGUCUACUUUGGUCCACGCAUGGCUGCAGAGCCUCAGUCAUUGCAGGUGGACCUUGGAUCUGACGCUGUGUUCAACUGCGCCUGGACAGGAAAUCCCUCUCUAACCAUAGUGUGGAUGAAGAGGGGAUCUGGAGUGGUUCUUAGCAACGAGAACCUCCUGACACUAAAAUCCGUGAGACAGGAAGAUGCUGGCAAAUACGUUUGCCGUGCUGUGGUCCCACGUGUAGGAGCAGGGGAGAAGGAGGUUUCUCUCACUGUCAAUGGGCCACCUACUAUCUCUAGUACACAGACUCAGCAAGCUUUACAUGGAGAAAAAGGACAAAUCAAAUGUUUCAUUCGAAGUACACCACCUCCGGACCGCAUUGCCUGGUCGUGGAAGGAAACUGUGUUGGAGUCAGGAACAUCUGGACGCUACACCGUGGAGACUGUCACCACAGAGGAAGGAGUAAUCUCCACACUGACCAUGAGUAAUAUUGUCCCAGCUGACUUCCAGACCAUCUACAACUGCACAGCGUGGAACAGCUUUGGCUCUGACACCGAGAUCAUACGCCUUAAGGAACAAGGUGGGAGCCAAGAGUCUCUCCCAGUGGCGGUGAUCAUCGGUAUUGCUGUAGGAGCUUUUGUGGCCCUCAUUGUCCUUAUGGGCACCAUCGGAGCGUUCUGUUGCACCCGCUCCCAGAGAAAGGAAGCGCACCUGGUUAUGCCCUCACUGCCCGUCUCCAUCUGUGCUCACCAGAGAGAACUUGCAAGCAAAAUUAAGACAGACAGAGAAAAUCUGAAAGGAGUCGUGUCGGCGAAAAACGACAUCCGUGUGGAGAUUGUACACAAAGACCACAACGCAGCACGCGAAAACGAAGAGCACACCUCCAUGAAACAGCUGAUGGUGAGUGUUGAACGAGGAGAGUUCCAGCAGGAGUCUGUUCUGAAGCAGCUUGAGGUGCUACAAGAGGAAGAGAAGGAGUAUCAGCACAUUAAGGACCCUACAAAUGGCUACUACAGUGUCAACACCUUUAAGGAGCACCACACGCCGACCAUGGCUGGGAAUCAGUCCACUGAGCCGAGGAACCCCACCAACACAGGUACCCUGGGCAAGCAGCGGGUACCAACAGGCAUGUCCUUCACCAACAUCUACUCCACUCUGGGAGCAGGUCCCAACCGUCUGUAUGACUACAGCCAACGCUUCGUGCUGGGUAUGGGAAGCAGCUCCAUCGAGCUGUGCGAGCGGGAGUUCCAGCGCGGCUCUCUCAGCGACUCCAGCUCCUUUAUCGACACGCAGUGUGACAGCAGCGUCAGCAGCUACAGUAAGCCGGACGGCUACGUGCAGUUCGACAAAGACAGCAAGGCAUCAGCCUCAUCCUCCUCUCACUAUUCCCAGUCCUCCUCUCAGAACUCAGACCUCACCCGGCCGCUCCAGAAGCGCAUGCAGACCCACGUCUGACCACCUGGGAAGGAGGGUGUUUGAACGGGGUGUAACAAGCAGCCAGGAUUGUAAAACUAUGACAGAAUCAGCUCCCAGGAGUCCCUAAAGUAACAAUGUUACUGUUCCCUCACAGAGAUCCAGGAGCUGGUUGGCUUUAACACACUGUGUGACUUGUUCAGACUUCUCUCAAUGUCCCAGAAAAAAGUGGAUCAAGAAGCCUUAUAUUUCCCUCCUGCUUAACCCAUCAACCACCUCCUUUUUUAACCCAUAACCAGAAUUGUGCCACAGAGAGAGUAUUUGCCAACACGGGGACAAAACAAGUUUGGAAUUUGGAACGUUCAGUACUUGGAUUCUGCAACAGGAUUGUUAGCAGAGGGCAGGACUACCACAAAGGCUUUGUGUGACAAUCGGCUCCUCUGGCAAAGACCUUUUUUUUUUUUUGCCUUUUGAAGAUUGUCAUUCAUAAAAACUCAGCACGAACGGCACGAUAAUGAGUGCAAGCCAAUGUCCUGCUGCUCACUUGUAGUUUGAAGCACAAAAACGAAUGUGCAUGUGGUUUUUAGUUGUUAAAGCGAUAACUCUCCCCCCAGCUUCCCUUCAAACACUGUAUGUUAAGCUUUCUUGUUGAAACUGGUCUCCUGUGUAGGUGGAAGAAAACUUUCUCCAUGUGCCCACAGACGUCCCGGACGUUCAGAAGAACGGCUGUUUUUUUUUCUCUCCGCAGUGGUAUCUGGGCCACAGAGCCGGGCAGAUAAAGAGGGGCUGAGAUCUCAUUUUAAAUCCCUGAGUCAUUAUUUUACUGUGACACUCUGCGAUAAAGAAGUAUCAGUGUACAUAUGUGACUGUAAUUUCUUUUCUAGCGUCUAAUUUUUGCCUCUAUUUUUCCUCAUGGAAGACUCUAAAUGAGACACGAGCGCCUCUUCUUGUCCAUAUCUUCUUUGCCUUGAGGGUACAUUUGAACUGUGUCAAUCCAGACUUUGACUAAGUGAGAUAGCAUACACUAUCAGCUCUUCUGUUGAUGGAGAGCUGGAUCCUCCAUGGUGUUACUGCACCAGAUCCAGCUCCAAGGCAUACAGCAGGAAAGCCCACAAACUGCAACAUAUGUUGUACUUGUGAGUUUCUCCUGCCGUAGAUUAUCAGCCAUAUACUUGAGGGUACCUGUUGAAUGAAAUGUAAACAUAUUUUAGCUGAGCUUCUUAUUGUGUGGUUAUCCGAAUGCUUUUGUCAAUAUCAUUGUUGACACUGGAGCUUAGUGCAUCCUGACUGCAUACCUACCUGUAAUCGUGCCAGUCAUCAAGGGACAUGAAAAGCAAAUUUAAGAAACGCGUUUUAUUCUGCUGUCUGUUGUUCAUUCUUUUGGCUACUGUGGAGCUAAUGGUGGCGCACUGACUCUUUUCGAGUGUUUGAUUUUUGUUCGGCACUGUGUGUGACAUAUGAAAUUGGAUUUAUUAUUUAAUCACUGACACUGUAUUUGUUUUUUGUUUUUUUGUUGAGAGUAGAGACGGAGAGUAGUAGUUUAACUUGCAGCUACACAAACACUUCAACUUUAAAAUGAUUAAGAGAACCUCAUUAUUAAGAGUGCAGUGGUCAUGCGCUGUGCAGGUUCUGUGGCAGAACACGUAGAUGCUUGAUCGUUGAUGCUACCCCACAGGACAGCAUGUCUAGUUAAAUUUGGACCUCUAAAAAAAGAUGUACACCCAACAAAGUCUGUGACUUGUCUCCUUAAGCUGUGUUAAAGCAGGCUUUUAUUGAUUCAAGGACAACCUUUUACAGUCUACAUGGAUCAUUUCUUUAACAGCUGUAGUUACAUCAUGCAUUACAUCAAAUUUGAUUUUUAGCCAUCAAAAGCCUCUUGUGUCUAUUGGCAUAUUCAAGGUCUGUUCCCACCGUACUUUAGAGAUUCGGCUUGUUUGUUGUUUGAUCAGUUUGAAGGGUAAAGAGUUCCAGGAAAACAACAGCAGCUCGCAAUGUCAGUGUCACUUUUGUUUUGUCAAAUCAAACAAAAGCUUGACAGAAAAUAUAUUAGGUUACAAUACAUCUUAUGUAAUUAUGUGGUUUUUCAGUAGCCUAUCUUCUAUAGUGAAGCAGUCAAAUGGGACGAACUGAGCUUGAAACUAUGAAAUCUUCCUCUAAACCCCUGGAAAAAAAAAAAACCCAAGCACGGCAUUUCUAACAAAGCAAGUUGUUGUUGUAAGCACUUUACAUAUGAUUAUAUUCAAACCAUUUGAAUGGGGUUUUCCACUUGAGUGGCAGUGGUUUGAACUCAAAUUUUACAAAUGGAUUGGCGCCCAUUGUACAGCUUAAGACAAAAAGCUCUGUUUCAACGCUGAUAAUCCAGCUUGGCACUUAGCAGACUGUAUAUAAAUCUCUAAUGCUGUCUUUCUCUGUAUAUAAUUUUUUCCCUGGCUUUUCUUUUCUUUCUCGGUCAGAUUUCAUUAUAUUAGAGCUCAACAAAUCCACAUGGCAUCAAAAACUGCACGACAGACAAUCAUUUUCUCUUUGUUUCCCUUCCAAAAAUUUCAUCAACCUUACUUGUUUCUCACAAAUUACAUGAAAGGCUUGUGUGAGCAGUUUCUCUUCCCCCAGAUCUCACAGGGAAAACUCAGACUCUGUACACCGAGCACACAGGAGGCUAUAGGAUGAGAAGCUGAGCUUAGCUGGUACAGCUUUGAAGUGAGAUGCAGUACAGGGUUAUUAUACCUUGAGCCCUUCAGAGAGAUGCCCAGAUGCCCAGCAAUAUAUUGCAUUUGGCACCUUGAUGACUGUCAAGUAAGCCUGUGCCGUUUCUGAUUCAUUUUUCUCAACAUUUAUGAGAGCAGGAUGAAAUUCUUAUCUUGAUAUCAGCAGCAGUCAAUUACAGUGUGAUUUAGUUUACAUGGCACAAGACACAAUUCAUAUUAUUAUUUGCAUAUAUUAUGCAUCAUUUGUGUCCGAAUUCAACUGAUCAUAUCACAGACAUUCAGCAUGUCUCUCCCGAAAAACAAAACAGAUUUGCUUUCCUGUCCAAGGGGUCCAGUUUUACUUAUCUGAUGCAGGUCCCGCGCUCAUCCAAACAUAAUGCAUUUUCCCAGUCCAGAGAAUCUGCACACUGCACAGUAAACAGAUAAAUAUUUGAUAGGCCAGCCUUCUGUCCCAUCCCCCCAUGGCAGCAGUUAGAGUGGGCAUGAGGGUACCACAGGAUGCGAGCACCAUGUCAGUCUUUGGGAAUCAAAGCCCAUGUGAGGACAAAGUCUGCCCUGCUCACCUGCGGACGCCUCUCCGGCUGGUGCUGGCGCUGGCGCCGCCUGUUUGCCUGGCUACGAACACCGCACAGAUGCCAGGGCAGAACAGAUGAACAAACACAAAGACCCAGAACAAUUACAAGGGGUUGCUGCCCUUUUCCUAAUAAAAACAAAGCAACCCUUUCAUAGUGAGGGAUGCAGGGCAGGCUAUUGUUCAGAAGACUAGCCAGUAGCACACUGGACAUUUCUAAGGUUAAAGACAGAGGUUAUGAGCAGUGUGAGGCAUUUGUAUUAGCUUCUCUGCACCACGGGCUUUAUUAUGUUUGUUUACUGCACAAAACUUUUUGGUUGGUCUAAAUAAACUGGAUUUUUAAAAAAAGAACAAAGAAUCGCUGAACAUUAGUACUGCCAAUGUCUCGCCUAUGCCUGCAAAGGGUGGUUUACAUGAGGCUAUUAGAAGUCUCCCUCAUUGUAUGAUAGGUGUUAUUGUCCACGAUGGAACACAUUAGAGAUGGUGCCAUUUGAAACACUGAAUUGAUCAUCAAAUACCCCUUUCUUUACUGUGUAAAUGCUUUCUAUCACUGUUUCUCUCUUUCUCUCUCACUUCUUUUCUUUUCUACCAAUCAAUACCUUGUUAGUACUUUAAUAACAAACAACUGUAAGGAAAACGGCCUGGACUACAUAGUAUUUGCAAAUAAUCGUCAGUUUGCUUUAACCCGCAGGGCACACCAGGAGUCAGUGUGAUUUGGUUUGCAGCAUACGAGAAGUCACAGACAAUAAAAAGAAUUACAGAAAAGCAUUUGAAAUUCAAAUGAGUAUGCUUCUCUGUGAUUGGUUGGAUACUUCAAUAAUGCAAACUAGUUUGCAAAUACUACACGAUCCAGGUCUGCUGAAGUACUUACAUUAGAAGGUCAUUUGAAGAGUUUGUAUAAAUAGUGAACCAUAACCAUAAUUGUAAUGAAAAAACAUGUAAAUUCUACUGGGUAAACCACUAUUUUCAGGCAGUGGCCCUCUGUAUCUAAGAAAAAAAAAAGAAAAUGGUUGUAUUUUAACUGUACUGGUCUGUGAAUCUAUGAUGCUUUUGCUCUGUAUAUUUGGAGAAUAAAAAUGAUGUUUGAGUUU